AUGAUGGUUGUGCCAGUCAGCAGAGGGAUGUUCUCCCUGAUGUUCAGCCUGGUCUUGGGAGCCUUGUGCUCCAUUUGGCCCAUGGCCUAUGGAGGGGCCUAUGAGCUGCCGCCCUGCCAGCUCAUCAACCAAACGGUGUCGGUGGAGAAGGAGGGCUGUCCCAGGUGCCACCCAGUGGAAACCACCAUCUGCAGCGGCCAUUGCAUCACUAAGGACCCUGUCAUCAAGAUACCUUUCAGCAACGUCUACCAGCAUGUGUGCACGUACCAGGAUUUGCAUUACAAGACAUUUGAGCUCCCCGACUGUCCUCUGGGAGUGGACCCGAUCGUCACCUACCCUGUGGCUUUGAGCUGCUACUGUGGCCGCUGUGCCUUGGACACAUCUGACUGCACCUUCGAGAGCCUGCAGCCUGACUUCUGCAUGAACGACUCACCUCACUACUACUAG